AUGUUUGGCUUUGAGUGGCAUAACCAACGAGGUGUCGAGGGGACCGGCUUUGUCCGUGCACUGCGCAGUAGGCUUACGGCUCACCUGCCUAUCCUAAUGCCUGAGUUACAGAGGAUCGUCGAGACUGCCAUUGCAGACGAGCUUGUUGCACCUGGAAGCGACGGUAAGUGGGGCUCGCCCCAGUUAUGCUUGAUUCCAUCUGACUGCAGCAGGCUUCGUGCGUUGCAGACUGUUCCCUAUGAUCAAGCGAACGGUCACCAAGGUCAAUUGCUUCGCCUUCUUCGGGGAGGAACUUGGUACGACUACCCUUGGCAUGUCAGACACCGCCAGGCUCAUUGUGUUGCAGCGCAGAAUCCCGAGUUCACCGCGGCUGCCUUGGAAUUCCCGCAGAGGGUUAUCCUAGCCGCCGAGAUUUUGCGAAUCACUCCGAGUUUCCUCCGACGGACACUAUUCCGCUAUUUGAAGCCCAUUGUGGAGAAGCGGUUAGCAGCGAGAGCCAACUCGCCCAGGUCUCUGCAAGAGGAUGCUCCGAUGGAUUGCAUGCAGUGGCUGAUUGACACGUCGCCGCGGAAAAUACCGUGGACCCCGACCAGGAUGGUUGGUGAGAUUGUUGCCGUCUGGUUUGGCUCGGUGCACCAGCUGGCAAUGGUGAGGUCGUACUCAGCAAGAAGGAACCUUACCGUCCGACGAAAAGCGCUGACACCAUUCAUGUUCUCCGAUGGGCUCGAAGUCGCAGAGGGUGAUUGGGUAUGUAUCCCGCAACGAGCAAUGAUGCGCGAUCGGAUCAGAUACCAGAAUCCGCAAGCAUUCGACGGGUUUCGAUUUGCCAGAGCAAACAAGCAAUUACGUGCGGGAGAUGUGUCUCUGGACGUACCCGAGAAUAGCCCUCUGACCAUGACAGACGUUAGCGUGGACUGGCCAAUUUGGGGGCUAGGAAAGACGGCCUGUCCCGGCAGGUUUUACGCUGCCACAAUCCUCAAGCUGAUUAUGGUGUGUAUUCUGGAGAAAUGGGAGUGUCGGUUAGAAAAUCCCAAGAGCCAACGGUGGAGGACGUGGCGGUCAAGCGUAGUACCCCGUGAAGGGACGGUUGUUAUGUUCAGGAGAAAAGAAGAAGCGUUGACUGGAUGA